GUCUCUGAAAUCAAUAAGGACAUAUUUAAAAACAACAACACAACAAAUUGAGAUAAAUUAAAAACAGAAAACCCCACCACGUUCAGAGGUUCUAAGUCGAGCUGGAGUUGGCUGGGCGGGUCACCUCUAUAUUAAGUGAGGCACUUAGAACAGCUCCUGACACACAGUAGGUGCUCUGUACCUGUCAGCCGCUCCUCUUCUAAGCCUUUCCCGCCUUUGACUUUCAGAAGCUCACCCACCACCAAUGAGGCCCAGCCUCCGAUGCAGCUGGAACCGCAUCUGCGUCCCCUGAACGACAUGGCCGCAGAGAGACGGGCCCGUCCCCCGAGCCCGUGAGGGGCGGGGCCCCUGCAGGCCCGAAGAUGGGGAACACCACGGCGAACACCAGCGCCCCGAACUGCACCAUCGACCACACCAUCCACCAGACGCUGGCCCCGGCGGUCUACGUCACCGUGCUGGUGGUGGGCUUCCCGGCCAACUGCCUGUCUCUCUACUUCGGCUACCUGCAGAUCAAGGCCCGGAACGAGCUGGGCGUGUACCUGUGCAACCUGACGGUGGCCGACCUCUUCUACAUCUGCUCGCUGCCCUUCUGGCUGCAGUACGUGCUGGAGCACGACGACUGGUCCUACGGCGACCUGUCCUGCCAGGUGUGCGGCAUCCUCCUGUACGAGAACAUCUACAUCAGCGUGGGCUUCCUGUGCUGCAUCUCCAUCGACCGCUACCUGGCCGUGGCCCACCCCUUCCGCUUCCACCGGUUCCGCACCCUGAAGGCGGCGGCGGGCGUGAGCGCGGUCGUCUGGGCCAAGGAGCUGCUGGCCAGCGUCUUCUUCCUCCUGCACGCGGAGGUGGUGGAGGACGAGGACCGGCACCGCGUCUGCUUCGAGCACUACCCGCUGGAGCCGUGGCAGCGCGGCAUCAACUACUACCGCUUCCUCGUGGGCUUCCUGUUCCCGCUCGGCCUGCUGCUGGCCGCCUACCGCGGCAUCCUGCGGGCCGUGCGCCGCAGCCACGGCACCCAGCAGAGCCGCAAGGACCAGAUCCGGCGGCUGGUGCUCAGCACCGUGGUCAUCUUCCUGGCCUGCUUCCUGCCCUACCACGCGCUGCUGCUGGUGCGCAGUCUCUGGGAGUCCAGCUGCCAGUUCGCCACGCGCGUCUUCGACGCCUACCACUUCGCGCUGCUGCUCACCAGCUUCAACUGCGUGGCCGACCCCGUGCUGUACUGCUUCGUGAGCGAGACCACGCACCGGGACAUGGCCCGCCUGCGCGCCGCCUGCCGCGCCUUCCUCGCCUGCUCCGGGCGCGGCGGGCCCAGGGAGGCCCACCCGCUGGCUACCCCCGAGGCCUCGGGGGUGAAGAGCGAGGAGCCCGAGUUGUUGAGGAAGCUCCACUCGGCCUUCCAGGCCCCUAACUCACCGGGAGGGGAAGGGCCCCCUGCCACCGCGCUGGCCUAGCC